GUUUCGCGCCAAAAGUUCUGUCUACUGAGUAUCAAAAACAUAAGCCGUAGCGCGUGUUUGUUUUUUAAAGUUUAACGCCGUUAGCGAAGAAUAUCUGUUUUAUUUAAUAAAAGAUUCAAUUAGAAAAUAGGUUAUCUAAAGCUUUUCGAAUAUAUCCAGUAUAAGUGGACUAUUCAACAAUGGCCAUGAGAGAUUAUGCAGCUGACAAAGAAACGAUAAAGAAUUUCUUUGUGGAUUUCUGCGAAACAAACGAUGAGGGCCAAAAGUUUUUUAAAUAUGCCGAGCAACUUACAAAAGUUGCACACAGAGAACAGACAGAGUUUGUUGUGGAAUUGGAUGACUUAUAUGAGACCAAUGCAGAGCUUGCAGAAGCAGUCAAACAAAACACAAGACGGUACACAAAUAUAGUUUCAGACUUGGUAUAUGAAAUGCUACCUGAUUAUAAACAUAAAGAGGUUGCAGCUAAAGAUGCAUUAGAUGUUUACAUAGAACACAGAAUAAUGUUGGAGGCGAGGAACCACAGGAUGCCUGGAGAGAUGAGAGAUCCCAGAAACAGAUAUCCUCCAGAACUAAUCAGGAGAUUUGAGGUGUACUUUAAAGAUGUUUCAAAUGCAAAGUCAUUGGCAGUUCGGGACGUCAGGGCUGAACAUAUUGGAAAACUGGUAACUGUAAGAGACAAGGACUUGGAGCUGGCAAAGCACAUAGCGUACGUGCAUCAGCAUUCGUCGCAGCCGCCGAGCCGGCUGCGCGCGCUGCCCAUGCGCCUCGUGCGCCGCUACAUCUCGCUCACCAAGCGCAAGCAGCCCGUCGUGCCGCGCGCGCUCGCCGACUACCUCGUCUCUUCAUAUGUGGAGUUACGACGGGAGGCGCGCAAUGCCCGUGACGUCACAUUCACCUCAGCUAGAAACCUGCUCGCCAUACUGCGUCUCUCCACUGCACUCGCCAGGCUAAGGUUAUCAGAUGUAGUGGAGAAGGAGGAUGUUUCAGAAGCGAUACGUCUCGUGGAAAUGUCAAAACAGUCAUUGCAACAUGUUGAAGAGAAUGUCCAAAGAGGUAUAAGUGCGACGGACCGCAUCUUCGCGGUGGUGCGCGAGCUGGCGGGCUCCAGCAGCACUGUCAAGAUCGCUGACGUCAUCGAGCGCUGCGUCGACAAGGGAUUCAAACCUGAUCAGGUCACACACCACUCCAUUAUAUCACUACACACAUCAUCCCCAUAAAGAAAAAAAAACAUACAGACGA